UUAGUAACUGGACAGAAAUAAUGAUCUGCCUUUUUAAGAGUUGCCAAUACGUCAUCAGUCUGAGACGAGCAUCUGCACGCGUGUUGAUCUGCAAAGUGCAUCUUGAUUCACAGACUGAGAUCGUAACACUCUGAAGUGUUCUGCUCUUGUCUCAGAUGAGUUUUGUGGAGUAUGGAGAGUACAUCCAGGAAGGUGACAUUGCCAUUGUCUUCCUGGGCCGUGAGUCUAUGUUUCCAGUCAAGGCCCAGCACGGCACUCAGACCCAGACUAAAUACGGUGUCAUCCGGCACUCCUCGGACCUAAUCGGGAAGAGGUUUGGGUCCAAGGUCAACUGCAGCAAAGGUGGAUGGGUGUACGUCCUCCACCCCACCCCUGAGCUGUGGACCCAGAACCUGCCCCAUCGAACCCAGAUCCUCUACUCCACCGACAUCUCCAUGAUCACUAUGAUGCUGGAGCUGAAGCCUGGAUCAGUGGUCUGUGAAUCAGGUACUGGCAGUGGUUCUCUCUCCCAUGCCAUCAUCAGGACCAUCGCCCCCACUGGCCACCUCUACACCGUGGAGUUCCACGAGCAGAGAGCCGAGAAGGCAGCCGAGGAGUUCCGGGAGCACAAGGUGGCGCACUUGGCCACUGUGAAGAACCAGGAUGUGUGUAAAGAGGGCUUCGGCGUGGUCGGAGUUGCCGACGCGGUGUUCCUGGACAUCCCCUCCCCAUGGGAAGCUAUCGGACACGCCAAGGCUGCUCUCAAAGAAGAAGGUGGGCGGAUGUGCUCCUUCUCUCCGUGCAUCGAGCAGGUCCAGAGAACGUGCCUGGCCAUGGACGAGUUGGGCUUCAAGGAGAUCUCCACUCUGGAGGUGCUGCUGCGGGUCUACGAUGUCCGCUCUGUCAGCCUGCAGCUACCGGACUUCGGGAUGGAGACGCAGGUGGAGGGAGACCCCAAAGAAACCGGCACCGGCCAGCAAGCAACUGCAAUCUGCAAGAGCGGCGUGACCCCCAAAGACAUGGCCGGUCACACCGGCUAUCUGACCUUCGCCACAAAAAGCCUGUUAUAGUCAUCUGGAGAAUUCUGUUCUGAAAUGGCUGAGAUACUGCCUUAAAACACACAAACACACACACACACACACACACACACACACACAGAGUGGCACUCCUUCCAAACGAUUUCCAUAAAUAGCCAGAUCGGUUGGGAGACCACUUGUGUUUCAACAGCGAACCAAGAGGAACAGGAAAAGCAGAAGCAGAAUGUUUAUAGAUUUUUUAAAUAGUAAAGAACUUGUGUCCUAGGCUGCAAGAUUAAUGAUAUACAGUGGAACGUCUAUGAAUGGGUUGGACUUGGCAUAAACCCACUCGUACAGCACUGGGAUACAUUUUUUUUUAUAUAAUCCUGCUCCCUUUCCUUUCAUGUUAUUUAAUGCAAUCCCUAAAUAAAACCAUUGUGGAGGUUC